AUGAAUAUUCUGACAAAAAUACGAUUCUCGCAAUGUUCAAAAGAUUGCUAUGAGGAAGUUGGGCUAAGUCCGAAUUAUGUGGAGAUUGUGGAAAUCCAUGAUGGACGAGAAGAUCGAAAUCGAGAAAUCAUAUUAUUUGUUGUGACGAAAGAUGAGGAAUGGGAAAUACAAUUUUAUAAACCACCUUCUGGAAAUUGUCGAGUUCAAAUGUUUAUGAAUGAAAGUGUUUGCACUUGGGUAAAGCAAUUGGGAAGAAAGAAUAUUAUUAAAGUUGUUUUGAAAUAUUUUAAUGAUAUUUUGAAGAAUAAAACAAAUAGUGUGACGAGUAUUGGAAUUUUCAUUGUAAGUUGACAACUUUUUCUUGAAAAAAAUUCAAAAUUUGGGCAUAGCUUCCGCAUUUCCGCUGAAAUUCCAAUAAAAAAUCUGAAAAAUGCUGGAGCUUCUCCAGUUUUUAGAUUUUUAUUAGAUAUUUCAGAAUAGGAAAGGAUUUCGAGCGGAGCGAGUGUAGACCGCAAGCUUCCGCGCAGCGGCUACGCGGAUUACUAUUACGUUUACCAUAUCAUAGUAACCAACUUGGCCGCUAAAGCGGAAGACAGUGCCGCUGACGCGGAAUAUACCGGUUUACACUCGCUUCGCUCGAAAAAUUCAAAAUUUGGGCAUAGCUUCCGCAUCUCCGCUGAAAUUCAAAUGAAAAUCUGAAAAAUGCUGGAAUUUCAGCACAAAUUAAGGGACGAUUCAGAAACUAGUUUAUAGUUACUGAAUCGUCCCAUAAUUUGUGCUGGAAAUUCCAGUUUUCAGAUUUUUAUCAGAUAUUUCAGAAAAGUACAUAGAAGUGGAUUUUCGAGCGGAGCGAGUGUAGACCGCAAGCUUCCGCGAAGCGGCACUGUCUUCCGCUUUAGCGGCCACGCGGAUUAAUAUGACGUUUACCAUAUCAUAGUAAACCACAUGGCCGCUAAAGCGGAAGACAGUGCCGCUGACGCGGAAGCUUCCGGUUUACACUCAUAGGUUUACACGAAUAGGACUUGGAAGGGGUUUUUCGAGCGGAGCGAGUGUAGACCGCAAGCUUCCGCGCAGCGGCCACGCGGAUUUCUAUGACGUUUACCAUAUCAUACUAAACCACAUGGCCGCUAAAGCAGAAGAUAACGGUCUACAAUUUCCCAUUUUUCAGGACGAUUUUCCCUAUCACCGCUCAAAUAUCAGAAACUUGAAUGCUAAAACAAUGGAAGAAAUCGAUCUUUCAAUGAACUACCAUGGAAUCACUCCAAAUCUUGGUGAAUUUGUCGACUUAGCCCAACUUUUUCGUGUGCAAAAACGUGUCGGAAUCGCAAAUCUACCAUUAAAUGAUUUAUUCAAAAUCAAAGCAAAACGUACAGUAUUGAAGAAACCACAUUUUUCAUUAGAUGAGUUUGACAACUUUUUAAGAAGAGCUUUAAUCGAAGAAGCUCUUGAUGAAAAUGUUGAAAGGAUCCAAUGGAAUGUGAUGGACUUUGAGAUUUAUAGAAAGAAUGUGAAAAAUAUUCGAAAAAUGAUUGCAAAAUAUAUGGAACUUGAAGAAAUCAAAUAUAAGGAACCCGGAGUAUUGAAACAUGUUGUUUAUGAGCGAGAAUCAGAGAAAUGGGAAAAUCGAAAGUAUCACUUGGCUAUGAACAAAUACUAUAUCGUAUUUGUACUCGAAUAA